AUGAACACUAAGAUCUCUUCUUUGAAAUCCAAGUAUUUAAGAAAACUUGAGAAAUUUCCAUUUAGAUCCAAGGAGGAGGCUGUUGGUAUAGGUCUGGAAGCUUACACGGUGAAUUAUAGGAGAGACCUCAUUCCAUUAGAAACACCGUUUUCUAUGAGGUCGAUGUCAGAGAGAAAGGAAGAAAUGGUGGCUGACGAGGCUAUGGAAGAGGAGUAUCUGCAGCCAUCAUCAUCAUCUGGAGAAGAUACUGACUCUGGGGAGUUUGAAGGAGAUCUGCACCUGGUGAUUGAUCUUUUUGUGAAAGGAAAAGAGAUUGUGAGAGAGGGCUCGCUCAGUAUUAUUAGAGGUAAGAAGUAUGGACUUGUAGGAAGAAAUGGGAUAGGGAAAACCACACUUUUGAAAGCGAUUAGAAAAAGAAGAUUUGGGAUUCCAAAGGGAAUGAAGAUUUACAUGAUAAAGCAAGAUCUAGUUGGGGAUGGAACUGUAGAAGAUUUUGUUGGAGUUGAUGGCGGAAGGAUACUGAAUGGAUUAGGCUUUACGAAAGACAUGGCCGUAAAGAAGAUAAGUGAUUUAAGUGGAGGGUGGAGAAUGCGUGCCCACCUAGCUAAAGCAAUAAACACAGAUCCUGACCUAUUGCUGCUUGAUGAACCCACCAACUACCUAGACAUCAACGCCUUGAACUGGCUAGAAAGGAAGAUAAAGGAAUUGAAGACUGUUAUUAUUGUGUCCCAUGACAGGAACUUCCUUAACAAUACCACAGAAGUGACACUUCACCUGAAUGACCUGAAGAUUGAUGUAUAUAAGGGAAAUUAUGAAAGCUUUGUGAAGCAAAGAAGAGAAAGGAUGUCAAAGGCCAGAAGGGAAUAUGAGAGCCAGCUUGCAGUUAGGGAGCACAUCCAAUCCUUUAUUGACAGGUUCAGAUACAAUGCAAAAAGAGCUUCUCUUGUGCAGAGCAAGAUAAAGGCACUUGCAAAAAUGCCGGCCCUUGUUCCUCCUAAGCAAGAUGCGAUUAUCAAGUUUUCCUUUGCAUCUACAGCUUCUCAAGGUCCAUUGGUUGAGUUUUCCGAUGUUGGAUUUUCCUAUGGUUCUAGAAAUAUUCUUAAAGGAUUGAAUAUGAAAAUCAACUCAGAUUCGAGAAUAGUGGUAGUAGGGGCUAACGGGCAAGGCAAGAGUACAUUUCUCAAGCUUUUAGCAGGAAAGAUGGAGGCCACAUCGGGGAGUAUUAUAAGAAACUCAGGGCUUAGAGUUGGAUAUUUUGCACAGCAUCACAUUGACCAUUUGAAGGUCAAUGAAAAUGUACUAGACUUCAUGAUGAAGUCAUAUUCUCAGGAGGAGAGCAGGCGUGCUCUUGCGGCAUUUGGAUUGAAUGUCGACAAUCAGCGUAUUGGAACACUCUCAGGGGGCCAAAAGAGUAGAUUAGGAUUCGCAAUUAUCAAUGGAAUGAAGCCGAGCCUUUUAGUUCUAGAUGAGCCUACAAACCAUCUUGAUAUGGAGUCUAUAGAUGCACUGGCAGAUGCACUUAGAAGGUUUGAUGGAGCAGUCGUUUGUGUUAGCCACGAUCUAAACUUCAUUGGGUCUGUCUUUAAGGAAAUAUAUGUCUGUGAAGAUAAAAAUGUUAAGAGAUUCUAUGGGGAUAUUUUUGAAUACAAGCGAGGACUAAGUGUUUAG